AUGCUUGGCCCCGCCGUGCCCCAGCCGGCAGUACCCGGGAUUGUGGGAGGUCCCAGUCACUACCUGGAUCGGUGAUAAUAAUCAAGCCUGCAACACACCAGACAUCUGCGUCGUGGGAGCAGGUCGAUGGGUGGCUACUGAACAACAGUG